AUGUACCACCGGAAGCACCACAUACCAGAGCGAGAGUACGUGUGCGACAUGUGCCCGAAGAGCUUCACUUCCCCCUGCAAGUUGCAGAAACACAUCGCCGCCCACAAAACGGACAAAUACGUUCUCCGCUACGAGUGCCCCGUUUGUGCUCACAUGUUCAACACCAGAUAUCAUAUCAAUAUGCACCUCGUCACCCAUCAGAAGGAAGGCCUGUGA